AUGGUGGUUACACGAAGACAAAGUGGUAAAGGAGGAUCAACUGAAGGAUUUGGAAGUGAGAUUGGUACAAGAGGGAAUCAUAAGAUUAUGUUCAAGUAUGAAAAAAGAGUUCUUAAGAAGAAAUCCCCUCAUUCUUCUUCUCCUGAUCAGCUUUUAAAUUUGAAGCAUUUGUUAGUUGAGUCUGUGGACCUCCUCACCUCAGUUCUUGGUAAGUAUGGGGACAUUGGUGAUAACUGCUCUAUUGGAUCGCCCACUAUUCGUUCAUUUUACAUGCAGAAUAUCUGUGACAUUGUCGAAAAGUUGAAGAAUUCCAACUGUAUCUCACUCAUCACAAAAUCUGAAGCUGAAAAAUUGCUGGUUUUCCUUAAAGAUGCUGAAAAUGUAUGCUUCAAUGUUGGAUGGCUCAAAAGGAGGAUCAAUGAGAUAUAUGAAGGAAAGCAAGCAUUCGCUAUGCUCAAGGCACCUUCUGAGCUGAAACACUAUCAUGCAGAACAAAAGGCCAAGAUUCAUAGUGCAAAACAAAAAACAGAAAUUUACAAGAAAGAGAUUGCUAUACAUCAACAGCAGAUUGAUAUGCAUCAACAACAAAUUCAUGAUCUGCAAGAAAAAAUCCACACUGUCAAUGCUGAGGUUGCUGUGUAUGAGGAGGAAGCGCUGAACUCUGAGAAGGCAAUUGCUGAGUGCAAAGCGAAGCUGAGACUUCUUGUUGGAUUAAAAUCCUUGGAUCAAGGUUUGCUUUAA